GCUGUUUGGAAAUUCAAAACCUAAAACUUUGUUCGCUCCAAACAUCUUCGGUUGAUAAUUUAAUUAUUUUUCACCCUCUCAUUCUUCUAACUUGUUAUCGUCAUUAAGUUACAUGUUAUUAAAUUUAUCGGAGCCUGAAAGCUUUAUAAGAUUAGCUGAAUAUGAGUGAAAAGUUAUUCUUGGAGAAAGUUUGUGUGUCGGGAACAUAAGAGAAGAAAAAAAAGAAGUAAAAUAAAAUUGAGAAGCUUGAAAGGAAAAGUUUUCUCCCUCGUUUCACCAAACAACAUCAUAACAAGAAAUUUUUAUUAUGGAAAGUGGCAUAAUUUCCCAACAGAACACAGUUUAUGUCUUGAAUGCUAACUACAAAUAUAGGAGCGCUGAUAUGUUGAACUUCUUUCUCACACCUACAGCAAUGAAAAGUGAGAACGAUAUGUUAACAACAAUGCAAACAAAGAUACCUCAGACGGUCGUUGAGAGAAGCAAGGAGACAUUCAAUGAUAGGACGAGAAAAUCUUUGCUUAAGAUUAAUUUAUUCAUUAAACGUCUCAAGUGGUUCAACAUUUUUGCGGACACGACGACGUCAAAAGUCAAGAAGCCAACAGAUAUCACCCAAAAAUGUAGCAAAUUUCUCAGCGCAAAAAAGUCACUGUCGACAAAGGAAAUGUAUCGAGAGGCGGCCAAGCUUUUGGGGAUUGACUGUUCAUUGAGUUCAUCGUGUCGAUGUUGUGAGUGUCAAAGUCAUUACUUUGAUUAUUGUGACGAUACCACGGAGCAGAUUGAAGACACUGAUGACUCAAGUGACGAUGCUGGAAGUGAUUCCGAAUCUUAUUCAUCUGAACUUAAUGAUCCUGAUCAUUACAUCACAAACUGUUAUUUAAUUCAUACGGAGACACUAUGUGAAUGUUGUCAAAUGCAGGGCGGCGAGCAAAAUCUACCCACAUCACCCUUCACCGACAUCGCUUAUAACGACAUGAGCUUUAAUCACAAUUUCUUAACAUAAUUUAUCUUGUUUUGUCUUCAUCGCUUAUAAUGUUAAACUCAAGAAUUUUAAUCGUGCCAUAAGUAAAAACUUUUUUCAAAUUUAUGCCAAAACAAAAGUGGACAGGAAUGUUUUCUGUAUCUUCUUACUCAACAAUGAAAAGUUAGAAGAGAAAAAAAAUUUCACUGAUAAUAAAAGCUCCAUUAAACGGAUCAUAUAUCAUUUCAUACAUGACUUUCACCUGAGCCCCGGAAAAGCGGAGAAAGAGAAAAAAAAAAAC